AUGAUGAAGACCGCUACUGCCAUGCUCGUCCUCUCCGCCCUUGGCGCGAUUGCGACCCCUCUCAAGCAAUUCCAAUCUCGCGCUGCUGCAGGCUACUCCGACACUCAGAUCUUGCAGUAUGCCCUUACUUUGGAGAACCUCGAGAAGUCGCUCUAUUCCGACUUCCUUGCCAAGUACUCUGCUCAGGAUUUCGCCAACGCCGGUUACCCUGAUUGGGUCCGUAGCCGUUUGACCCAAGUGUCAGAUCACGAAGCCGCUCAUGUUGAAUUGUUGUCAACUGUUUUGGGUAGCGAUGCUGUUCAGCCGUGCACCUAUUCUUUCCCUUACACCGACAUCCCUUCCUUCCUCGGUCUUUCCUCCACCAUCGAAAACGUUGGUGUCUCCGCCUACUCCGGUGCUGCUCAAUACAUCACCUCCCCCGCUUAUCUUUCCGUGGCAGCUGUCAUCCUCUCCACCGAAGCUCGUCAUCAAGCAUGGGAAAGUUCCGCCGUUCUCAAGAACGCGGCUUGGAGCGGACCUUAUGACACCGUGUUGGGUUUAGACAUGGUUUACACUCUCGCCUCCGCUUUCAUCACUUCUUGCCCCGAUUCCAACGCGGCCUUACCCGUCAAAGCUUUCCCCGCUCUCACCGUUAACACACCUACUCCCGGUGCGACUUCUACCUUCUCUUUCAAAGGAGGUAACGGAGGUCCUUAUUACGCCAUCUUUUACAACGGCUUAGGAACUCAGAGCGAACAACUUGACGCCAACAACGCCGCUAUGAUUCCUUCGGCAUUGCAAGGUUUCUCGUACGUUAUCAUCGCUUCCACCGGUAACGCCACCGCUGUCACCGAUGACAAUAUCGUUGCUGGACCAGCUAUCUUGAGCUUCCCAUUCAACUCCAAGGCCUCAAACCCUGGUUUCACCGGUCAAUAA